AUGCCACCUGUCCAGUUCAGUGGAGAACUGGCUGCUGCCUUGCCUUCCGGGACCUUGUUUGCUGCGGAGGGACUCACAGACUCCACUGGUAUUUUGCUGUUGCUCAUUCCAUGCAUCUUUGGCAGCUCUUUUCUUCUGCUUAGACCCUUCCCCAUGCUCAGACAGUGUGCCGCUGUCCCACCUAAAGAAACCUGUCAGGAAUGCGAGCUUCUGGGUAUGUUUCGUUUCCCAUUGCUGUAUUCUUUUACUCAUAGGGCACUCUACAUUGGGGAGGUCUGGCUGCUGCCACUGCACCUGCCUCGGACCCAGUGUCACCUCGCCAGGGUUUCAGCCAGCCUGGCCUUCCAGCUGCCACCCAGCAGCUCAGCAACUCAGAACCUUCUGGCCCAGACCUUCACACCCAACUCCCACCCAGGGGCAAAUGCAGAAGCCUCUGCUGCCAUGCCAGCCAUGGGGAAGCAGGAAGGGAGCUUGUUGGAGAAGGCGGCCUCUGUCCAAGGGACCCCCAAUUUUUUUUUGUUUGUUUUUUUGUUUUCGAGGUUGAGUCUCACUCUGUCGCCCAGGCUGGAGUGCAAUGGUGCAAUCUUGGCUCGCUGCAACCUCCACCUCCCGGGCUCAAGUGAUACUUGUGCUUCAGCCUUCUCCCUAGUAGCUGGGACUACAGGUGCAUGCCACCAAGCCCGGCUAAUUUUUGUAUUUUUAGUAGAGACGAGGUUUUACCAUGUUGGCCAGGCUGGUCUCAAACUCCUGAUCUCAAGUGAUCCACCCGCCUCAGCCUCCCAAAGUGCUGGGAUUAUAGGUGUGAGCCACCGUGCCCAGCUGAUGGGACCCCAAAUCUUAUGUCCAGACCCCAGGAUCUGAACUCAUAUUUAACUACAGAAAGGCAUCAGCAUCUCCCCUCUGGUUGAACUUGACCUUCUUACUGAGAACCAGCCAGGCAGGCAUCAGAAGCCUCAGGCUCCAGAGGAGAAGCUGGUGGGCAAAUAGAUCAGGAGCAAGUGCUUUCACCAUCAGGGAUGAAAGUUGAAGGCCAAGAACACUUCCUUGUCCUGUGGUGCAGGGGUUGGGAUGGAGGGGUGAGUCUUAUAAAUGGAAGAGAACUAAGUGUUGUGAUUUAAAGGAAGAACAUUUGCCCCCUGCCCCCAAAUGCUCCCAAACCCUCCAAAAUUCCACAGAUUCCUUUGGCUUAACUCCUGUCACAGAGGUAAGCUAAGGUAGUCAGUCUCACUGUAGUUGCGGUGAAUUCAUUUAAUGAUCUUGGUUUCCUAACUGCUAGAUAAUCCACUGGAGCCAAAGGAGUUUUGGUGGAUUGAGGGAGCCUGCAGAGGUUGGGUAGGGGUGUGUUAGGAGUUGAAUUGUUUUCCCCAAAAAAUUCAUGUUGAAGUUGUAACCCCCAGUACCUCAGAAUGUGGCCUUCUUUGGAAAUAGGGUUGUUGAUUUACUUUGGGAAGGUGAGGUCAUCCUGCAGUAGUAGGGUGGGCCCCUAAUCCAGUAUGACUGAUGGCCUCAUGAAGAGGGAACAGAGCCCUACAGUUUACACAGUGCUUUUGUGCACAUUUUUCCUAUCCAUUUCUGUGGGGCAGGCAUUAUCAUACCUGUUGAUUUUACUCAACUUUAUUGCUUUUUUGGCCUACCAUCUGUUAGCCUCACUUUUUCUAACAACAGGAACCCCUUCUGCAAAGCACACAACAUAUUUUGGAAAGUUACCCUACCCCAUUCCAACAUGUGCUUGUGUUGAGAGGUACCAGUCUUAAUCCUCCUGCCCAGCCCUAGCCUAAAAAAGUGUGUAUGCUGGUUAGGCUCUCCCCGUCAGCCCCCAGCUAAUCUCAUCUCUGCCCUUCCAUGCCCCAGGAGGCCAUACGCAUCAGAUUGCACUUCCAGAGCCCCAGCCUCUGAUUGGGUUUGGCCACUGCGAUGAGCAUCCUCAAAAAAGACCAGAGAGCUGGAGGAGUGAGAGGUUGGGGCUUCAUUCCCGAACCCACCUCACUGCAGUCCCACCAGGAGCCACGGUCACAGCUCUCACAAGGAGCAUCCUCUGCCAGGGUAGCAGCUCUUGCCGGACUAUGAUAACAAUAUUCUCUUUUACCCUUCAGCUCUGGUGGAGGUAAUGGCUUCCCUCUGUCACACGUCUCUGGACACUUCACCAUCCCAUACUGGUUUCCUCAGUUCUGAUUAUUCUCUUACAGAUGCUGUCUUUGUUGAAUUCAUUUAAACCAUAUUGAGUGUACCAUUUAGUUCUUGCCAGGGCUUUUAGCUAUGGCUUGUCUUAGAGGCUUAUCGUGAUGGUCACAGUGAUUAGGCCCAGAGGUGCCACAUGAUCCAACGCACGUCAGAGUCCUCCUGUGACUUCCUUUUCCUUUUAGUAACCAGAGCUGGGAGAGAGACGCCCAUUCUUACGGAGUGGUGAAGCAAUGGAGGAUAUGAGCUUUGUGCUGGCAGCCACGUCCCUACCUCAUGGAUAAAAUCAUUCACAUCUUGGUUUUGAUCUCUCGGGUCCCCACACCGCCCUGAUUCCCACCUUUAAAAUAGCAUCCCACUUUGUGCUUGAGCCGGUUUACAUAGGCUUCUGUUACCUGCAACCAUUAAGAGAGAGUUUUUCAGCUAGUGAACAGGAGAGUUGAAGCUCAGACUCCAGUCAUCUGCCUCCAAAGCCUGUACUUUUAGCAGAUGCUCCAUAUUCAUAACUGUGGCCAGACACCUCCCCUGCUGUUGGCCACAGCUGAGAAAAUCCCUCCUACUCCUGUGAGGAAAGGCACCUGAGUCUGGGUGUUUCCCAUAGCAUGAUACAGGGGUAAUUCAUUUUGAAUAAUAAGAUCAUACACAAAAAGUUCUGUAUUAACUAAAAGUUGACCAGUUGAAUCGUAUCUUUAAGGUAUAAGAAGAGCUCUUUGCUGGAAGGAAUCUUGUCAUUAAUCCUUUAGUAAAGCAGAGACCCUCUGUCUGUCCUGUUAAAUCCAGAUUGUCACUCCUACUGGUGGUGUGUGAGCCCUUUGUUAACUAAACAAUUUAUAAGAAUUGCUCCACCUCCCAAAGAAUUUCCCAACUUAUUGACGGAAUGGAAGAAUUUGCCUCAAUGGAUCCCCAAAAACAAGGUGCCCUUGGAGGUACUCCACUCUGUCAAGACAAGGGGAACUGUCAAAUCUUGUCAAGAUGCCGCUCAAAAGUAACCAGAGAAAGUUCACGGGGGGCUCUAGCCGUGAGAUCACUACAGGCCAACUAAAGAGAUGGCUUCAGGAUAGGGUGGAUGUAACCUAGAUUAGAGGAGUUAUGUACAGAAACAAUUGUUCAGGCAAUGCAGGAACAAGGCCUCCUCUCUUCA